GUUUGUCUACAUGACAGUCCAAACAGUGCGGUGAUAUGUUGCGCAGUGUCCAAUCAACGAUGUCUGUUGAGAUACGAGGCUGACAAUGCUGGGAGAACCGUUGCGGUUGAAGUUGGGAGCGUCGACCGAGGAACAAAGUGGACUCGUGGCACCAUUGCAGAGGAAAUGAUACAAAAGGACCGCCGCCGUCUCUGAACAUCAUCGGAGAACAAGUUCAGGACCUCAGCAACACCAAACAACCCCACCAGCAAAGACACCAUGAGCAACAUUCGGGUAGCAAUUGUCGGAGGCGGCCCCGCCGGCCUCACACUCGCACGCCUCCUCCAACUCAACAACACCUCAUGCACUGUCUUCGAGCUCGACGCCGACUCCCUCGGACGAGACCAAGGUGGAACAGUCGACUUGCAUCCACGGGGAGGACAGCUCGCCUUGGAGCACGCAGGUCUGACAGAGGAAUUCAAGAAGCUUUCUCGUCCGGAAGGAGAGGCAUUGAAGUUGCUCAAGUAUGACGGUACCAUUGUAUUCGAUGAGAACACGAUGGGCAGCACUCGACCUGAGGAGUACGCCGAUCGCCCAGAAAUUGAUCGGACAAAGUUGCGGAAACUGCUUCUCAACUCGUUGAAGCCAGGCACCGUGGUCUGGAACAGAAAGCUGCAGUCGGUCCAAAAGUCGUCAUCGCAGGCUGGGAAAUAUGACCUCCAUUUCCAGGACUGCAGAGAGGAAGGAUUCGACCUCGUGGUCGGCGCUGACGGGGCUUGGUCCAAAGUUCGCUCAUUUCUCACGGACCAGCAACCUUAUUACUCGGGCGUUACCGCCAUUGAGCUCUGGGCUCUGGAUUUCGACAAAAGGCACCAGUGGUUGAGCGAGUUCGUGGGUGCAGGGAAUUGUUUCAUGUUCGAUGAAGGACGCGCCAUUCAAUGUCAGAAAUUGGGGAACAACAGCAUCCGCGUCUACGCCGGUGUGCGACAACCCGAAGAUUGGCUUGAGAAAUGUGGGAUCGACUGGUCUGCGCCCGAAAAGGCAAGGGAAAUGCUCGUUGAGCAGUAUUAUAGCGACUGCAGCGACGACCUGAAGCGAGCCAUCUUCGACGCCAACGACAAACUCGUUCCACGCCCUAUGUGGAUGUUGCCCGUCGGCUUUCGGUGGAAGUCCGACGUAGGGGUGACAUUGCUGGGAGACGCAGCUCAUGUGAUGACCCCUUUUGCUGGGGUUGGGGUCAACCUUGCCAUGGUUGAUUCAUUAGACCUUGCGAAAGCUAUCGUCAGCUGCGGCGGGGAUCGGCAAAAGUUGCCAGAUGCGAUCAAAGCGUAUGAGGGUGAGAUGCUGAGCCGGGCAGAGCAGUUCGCAAAGAAGACCUAUAAGGGUUUGGUAAACCAUUUCAGCGCUGAUGGAUGUGAGGAAAUGGCUGGGCGUUUGAGACGAAGAUAGGCCUGAACCUGGAAUUUAGUGAGUAGCGCUGGGCUUCGGUGCGUUUGAGAAACGGUGCCUUGACAUUGUAUUUCACUUGGGUAUUCAGUC